CCCACUGGAAACAGUGUAAGUUUGGGAGUUGGAACCGGAAAAGGAAAAAAAAAAAGAAAAUCUUAUGGCAUAAAAAGUAACGUAAAAAUUGUUGAUCAUGUCUUUGUCUGAGUUUGUGAUCGUCAAAGAAAUCCCAGCUACUCCAAAGAAAAUCAAUGUCACAGCCAGUGGGUCCAGCUUUGCCUGAGAAGAAACCCUGCAUCUUCUACAAGUUAAUCGUGUCCUCCAUUCUUCAAGACAAGAAGCUAAGGAUCCCACAUAAGUUUGUUAAGAAAUAUGGUGAUGAACUCUCUUCAAUUGUUACACUUGCUACCCCCAGUGGUCGGUUCUGGCUAGUGGAAUUGAUGAAAGAUAGAAGAAGGAUGUGGUUUGACAGCGGUUGGAAUGUAUUUCUUGAAUACUACUCCAUCUGCGUUGGGUAUUUCUUGGUCUUCAGAUACGAAGGGAAUUCACAUUUCAAUGUUCAUGUGUAUAAUCUGGCAGCUUCAGAGAUAAACUAUCUAUCUAAUGGUUUAAAUAAUUCAGAAGAACCAAGUCCUGAUGAGCAUGUAAAAAACAUAGAAGAUGGUGAUCUUGCUCAGAUUAUGGGCUCUUGCCCAAAAUGUUCAAGUUCAUACUUUUUGACUGAUAAAGAUUCUGAUGAAUGCCUAGAUCAUGAUAGGAAGAAACAUAAGAACACUACAUGUGGGGCUGAUCUGAAAAACCUUCAUCAGAAAAAUGAUAUGCGUGAUUUACAAGCCACAUUUCAAUUGACUCAAGGCAAAGGCACUCAGCUUAAUGUGGUUGAACUUACAAGCCCCGCAGAUGAAGGUGGACCGUAUUUCUUGAAUGAAACACAUCGGAUAACCAGAAAGAUAAAACAAGAAACUGAACCUAGUAAGCUCCACGAACUUAAAAACUUUCUUUAUAGGGUGUUCCUAGUUGACUUUAUUCGUCCUAACUCAUUGAAAGAUAUAGACGAACAAGAGGAAGAGCUGCCAGCCGUGAACACUCCAAGAAAUAUUGCCAGGAGAUGGAGAGAUGUGACGACAGAAGAAAAACAAAGUGCAUUUCAUGCAGCUGCAACGUUCAAGCCCGACAAUCCUUUCUGUAGGAUUAUCUUGCGACCAUCCUAUGUGUACAAGGGAAUACUCCUUCAUAUCCCUCGAUGGUUUGCCAGGAAACAUCUGAAUGGAGUUAAUGGCACUAUCACACUUCAGGUAUCUGAAGGGAAAAAGUGGCCUGUUCGGUGUAUCCAUGUGGAUGGCCAUCUGAAGUUUUGCAAAGGAUGGGCUGAAUUUGUCUUGGAUAAUAAUUUAGAUGAAGGGGAUGUUUGUGUAUUUGAGCUGAUUAGCACACAGGAGAUUGUGCUGAAAGUUACCAUAUUCCGAGUUCUUGAAGAUGCAGGACCAGUGAACAAACUAUAAUCCGGUAAUUUGUUCUUUUACUAGCUAAAGUGUAUCAGGAGCUGGCUCUACUUGUCUGUGUAUAUCAAUGCUUAUAGGUGUUUUAAUGUGAAAAAAAUAAACAAGUGAGAGUUUGAUGAGUAGUUACUCUUUUUAUGUGUCUUGGGAAUGCUGUUUGAUGUUUGAAUGUGAAGAGAAAAGUGAACUAUGUUCAGUUUAAAUCCGUGUAGAAAGCUAUACUCUUCAUGUUAGAAAUUUUAUGCUGUAAAUAUUCCAUAUUUUCCCAGUAUACUCUCAAGGCU